AAUGGAGCAGGGGAUCCUUUGGGAUCAUCUCGGAUUCUAAACAAACUUUUUGCCAGAUACAGUACAUACUGGUUGCUGGACUGAUAUAUACGACGUGUGACGAUUGAUUCAGCGAGGCUGGCUGCUAACCAUCAGAGAUUGAGAUUGGGAGAGAUUUUGUUUGCUGUCUUGUCCUUCCUAGCACCUACCUCAGGGAAGGGGUACGUGUCUCUCUCCAUCCAAACAACCAGGGCACUGGUACUACUCUAAUUAUGUUAUUAAUCAGUGCUGUUUCAUUUCUAGGCACGGGCUGAUUGCCUGCCUCGCUGCUACAAAGUGCUGCUGCACAUAGACAUGGUUGCCUCAUCUUGGAAGUUACAUCAAACUGGGUCUUGCAGCUUCUCGCCAUAUCCUUUCUUUCCUUACGAUGUCACGCCACAAGACUAGUAUCUUUCAUCCAGCAGCAUCACGAAUCCCUUUCAUCUGCAGACACAUUCAAGACGUACUCCCAGUCCCAGAUAUUAUUCAUACAAGAGUUCUGUGCUUCGAUUUGUCACAGCUAGCGAUGGCAAUAACGAUGAAGCAACCUUCCAUGUGUCAUACUCAUCUGAACCCAACACACUCUUGAGAAACUGAAUACAAAUAUGGGGGAUCCUGCCUGCCUGCUUCGGAUUGCAGAAACAUGCCUCGACACUAGAGAAAUUUCCACGCACUUGUGUUGUUUUGUUUGCUCUGUUCAUACUCUCAUCUGAACCCAACAGACUCUUGAGCGUGCAUCUCACUCUGCUGCCCAUGAGGGGGAGCCCAUCUAAUUUCAGUUACGAACAAACAGGAUGCUCUCUCGUCUGUCGCCAACGGCACAACAAAACAGAUAAGCAACAGCUUGUCUGGAUGAGAUUCUUGGUGUCCACUCCUCUCUUAAUCAACCAAUUGCUUCAGCCUCUCCCAUAUAAAAUACAGGUACAGCCCCAAGGCUUCACCACCAACAGCCUACAAUUCUCUCCCAUUACUACCAUACACAAGAAAACAUCACCAAACCUUCAGUCCUCAACAAUGGCUUGCCAUCUACGGUCGGCGAGCACGCCCUCCAGCCCUCGCUCCAACAACACACAAGUCGAGCAGCAGCUCCAGAGCCUCAGCUCAACCGUCUCUUCGCCCUCGGCGACCAUCGAUACCAUGUGCCAUGGUUUGAGGAGGCUGGCAGACAUCUACGGCGGCAUCGAGAAGAUGAUCUGCACACCAAGCAGCCAAGCCAGCCUUUGCCACACCCUGCAAAGGGUGGCAGUGGAGGCAGAGCUCGGACGGUCCCUCGUCGUGCUCGACCUCUGCAACGCCAUGCAGGAGACCUUCAUGGAAUUGAAGAUGACUGUCCAAGAGCUAUUGUUGGUUCUCAAGAGAGGAGAAGAGACGUCGGCUCAAGUCAAGGCGUACGUCAGGCUAGCCAAGAAAGCACAAAAGCAGUUCAAGAAGAUUAGCAAGAAGACUGCUUCCGACAAGAAUGAUUCUAGGAUGGUGAUGCUAAUGGCAGAAGCGAGAGAGAUCACCAUCUCACUGCUCGAAUCCACAUCCUCAAUCUUGUCGAAGCAAAUUGAGGUACCCAAGUGUUCGCUUGUCUCCAAAACAUUGCACAAGAGCAAAGCUGUCUGCGAAGAGGAGCAACUGCGGGCAUUAGAGCGCAGUAUCGGAGAUCUUGAGAGCGGAGUGGAGCUUCUGUACAGGAGAUUGAUCCAGAACAGAGUUUCUCUUCUCAACGCUCUUAGUUUGUAGAUACCUUGAGCUCUAGUUCCCUGCGGUUGGCAUCCACCUUUUAAAGGAUUAGUCAAUCAUCAUGACGACAAUUUUGGUAGUAUGUAGAAUUGUGGAUAUAUGCAUAAAGUUCACUUAACCGUGAAGCAAAGCGAAACAUUUUUGGAAAUUUCAUAUUUUUUGAAACUUAUCAUUUAUUCUGAUUAACCGACUGUUUCUUAAACAGACAAGUGACUAGCUGACUUGGUUUCUCAUAACUGGAAGAAAAGGUCUCUCUCCUCAAACAUACUGUCUAUUUACAAGCAACAGAACAAUUAAUAACAUAGAAUUUGGGGCAUUCCUGUUAUAUAAAAUGUUGUCUAGUUUACGAUUUUACUCUAGCGAUGUUACAAGAAGUAAUGGUGUCUCUAAUGGCCUAUUGGUCUCAGGUAAUUAUUUGCCAAGGGUCAUAUUAGUCAGAGUCACAGGUGCCUCAAGCUCUAGCAUGCUGAAACAAGCCAGGUCGAAUCCACGACCUAUAACCUUGUGAUUAUGCAUUAUCAUUACCGAGGGGAAUAAUACCUAAUGAAACUGAUAAAGGGCAGCCCCAGUGCAUGUAGCUCCCGUUUGCGCGGGGUCUGGGGAAGGGUCCGACCUAAUGAAACUGAUGACUAACAAUAAUCAGGCCAACACAUGCACCAAUAAUACUGAUCAAAACAAAUCCACUGAAGAUCCUUAAUUCUUAUCAUGUUGUUGUACCUUCCCUUCUGCUUCCAAAUGAUACAAUGAACUUCACGUUUUUAUCACUGUACUGGUUAUGUUCAAAAAAUUUGGAAGCAUACACCAUGAAGUAAUAUGUGCAACCAGAAGUCGACCAAACCAACGUCACUUGUGCAUUUUUAGUUUUUGCGACCAUA